ACAGCUGGUGCAGUGACAGUGUUUUGCCUCUUUGAUUUAAACGUGUGAUGGAGUCUGCGUUUCUCACCUUUAUUCUUCUGUCUUUAUUUGCAGUAUAUUCCUCUCACAUUGGCGUCACAGAAUGGAAUGAUGUUGUGGUGGCUAGAGAGGGCAUGCCCACCACUUUGGUGUGUACUGAUAGUACAGUAAGGAAUGCUGUGACCAUUAACUGGAAGGUAAAGUCACAUGGUGCACAUGAAUGGAAACUGGUUCUCUCAGCUAACGCAAGGAUGAAUUUAUCCGGUAAUGCCUCGAAAGAGUCCAUGCGACUGAAAGACUCUAACUUUCAAGACUCCGGGGUUUUCUCUCUGGUUCUUUCUCCCAAAAUGGAGGACAGUGGCCUGUACAUAUGCAUAAUACAGCAAGAAAAGAUACAGAAGCAGAGAAUUAUCCUCUUAGCCACCCUUAAAGUCGUCAUCAUCCCUGCGCCAACCAUUCCUAAGCACAGCACCCUGCAGCUGAUUGCCAGAGUUAACCCUGACUUUGCCGUCACCAAAAUCACCUGGGUGUCGCCCAAUGGCAUUUUUAUGAAGAGCGAGACAGUGCCAAAGACCGGCACAGUGGCUAAACUGCCACGGGUCACUAACAGCGCGGCCUAUAUCUGUAUGGUUCACCCUUUGGGUAACAGCAGCGGCAGCAGCAGUAUUUCCGCCUUCAGUGUCAACGUGAAUGUUGAUGCUGACAAAGAGGCCUCAUUCACCAAUAUAACAGACGCUGUGAUCCAUACCGCCACACAGGCUCAGACGUCCUUCAACCUGACCUGUCCUGGGGUCCGUGGGGACUAUGUCCGGCUGCACUGGCAACCCCCAGAUGCCAAGAAAAAGAACAUGAAGAUUGUGUAUAAGUAUGAUCGCUGGAGGAGUUCCACCAUAUUGACUGAUCAAAGCAAGAGACUCACGCUUGCUGGCCCACCCUACAACGCAGAGGCUGGGAACUUCUCCUUUCUACUCAUCCCUGGAAUCAAAGAUGGCGGCCUCUACGUGUGUGAAGUGUUCCUCAAUGACAACGCCUUCAGCCAGAAGACCCUGCUCAGCGUGAUGAAAGUUAAAACCAAGCGUUCACCCUCUAAGCUGGAGUUGGGUUGCCAAUACUCGGAGCAGUCCCACAUCCAAAGUGCCAAGUGGAAACACCAGAAUAAGAGUCGCCAGCUGCACAUGACAAGCAACGGUCCUGGCACCAUCACCACCAGUGUACCCUUACCCAUCACCCCUGACACAGCUGGGAACUACACCUGCACCCUGAAGCUGAAAACUGGGCAGACCAUCUGGGCGACGCAAGCUGUCACACUGCCCCCUAAAGAGAUUGUCGGUGUCCCCACCCCCCCCAUGCUCCCUUCUCUCUCUGCUUUAUUACUCCUGGUGCCCCUGGUUGCUGCGGCUGUUGGUGUGUUGCUAUGGAGACAGAAACACAUUUCUGAUCGCGGUAUUGAGCAGUCUCUGUCUGUCCACUCGGGUGAAACAGAGAACAUCUAUGAGAAUCCAGAAGAUAUCAGACAGGCUCCUCCCCAGGGCUCAGUCUACAUGGAUUUGAAGCCAAGAGGAGAGGAUGAUGUCUAUACGGAACUGGAGCAAUACGAGCUGUGUCAGAGCUGAUCACCUACCCACAUCUCAUCCUCAUACAGCUGUCACAUCCGCUCAGUUCCCAUCUGCAGCAGAGGGGCUUUAUAAACAAAAGUAACAACUGAAUGUCAGAGUUGGGACUUAAAGAAAAACUUCAGUGCUUCAGGGAAAUGCUAUUCAAUUGUUUAAAUGUUUGGUUUUUUUUGUAUUCUAAGCUACUGCUCUUUAUAAGUUCUCUGAUACUGAUUUGCUUUAAUGUUGUGUUUUGAGGCUGCGCACGGAGAAGAAGGGGAAAGAUUUUCUCACAAGGCUCUAAAACUUGUUCCAAAUGUGUGAACAUUAAUAUUGUCUCAUUCACUGGUUUCAUGGACACUGUUUUACUUACUUGUUAAACAUUUGGUACUGUAACAAGUGUCUUAUUGUCUGGUAUUUGUGUUUAAGCAGUGGUGGAAGAAAUAUUCAGAGCCUUUAUUUAAGCACAAGUGGUAAUACCACAGAAAAAAAAGGUUUUUCAAAGUUCUACUUAAGUAAAAGUACAUGUAAACA